AAUAUUCUUUUCUCUAAGCUCUAAAUAGUUGUAGCUAUUAUUUAUCUUUCUUCAAUUUGUCUACUUUAAGAUCUCUGGUAGUCGGUUGAUUGAAGAACAGUGACUACUUUUGGACAUUUGACAAUUGACGUUAAAGGGGGGAUAAUGUCAAAAAACAAAGCUUGAGUUGUGUUGUGUUGGGGGUAUACCUAUGCCAACUUUCCUCUUCCCUUGAAGCCCACGAGCUGGUUUUACAUCUUUUAACGUAAAGAAAAAGAAAGAAAGAGAGCCUCCUUAAUUUACAAAAGCUAACUGGUUUCUUGAGUGAGUGAAAGUUGAGCAACUUAAGAAAAAAGGAGAAAGAAACGCUGGUCAAAAGCCAACAAAGUCUCAUCUUUCCUUAGCCGUAUUUGUGGGUUUUAUGCAAAAGCAUAUUUCAGACCUCUGCUAAGUUUCAGGCUGGUGUUUUUCAUCAGCAAAAUGAUCACUUUCUGCAUUGUGGGUAGUUCCUUGAAGUCCCAGUACACUUGAAAAUGCAAGAAGACAAGUUUAGUUUUGGAGUGUAAUCAAGGGUCUCUAAGAACCCCCAUUUGUUCUUUCUCUUCUCUCAAAUUGUGUGUAGUGCACUCUGCUGGUUCAUCUUCCUCAGUAACCCCCUGGUGUUCCCCUUGUUUAUUUCUUUUAGAGCCUAAUUGUGAUGGGGUUUCAACUUCAAGGCAGUGGAGAAAGUGAAAUGUUGGGGGUGAAAGUGACAUCUUCAAGGCAUAAGCGUUCCAAGAGCAGCUUUUCUGUUAAGCAAAGAGUUGAAGAAGAUGGGUUGGAUGAUUCUCUUGAAGAAUCAAAUCGUAUAAAGCUGGAUAUGAGGCACCUGAAGAACUCUGUCAAAACCCCGAAGAAGCAAUCUUCCACCCCCCACACUGAGGUGCAAAGCUCUUUGAAGCAAGAGAUCUUGCAGCUUGAGAAAAGAUUACAAGAUCAAUUUGAGAUUCGCCGUGCAGUAGAAACAGCACUGGGUUAUCAAAUUUCCUCCCAUGAGCAUACAAAUGAAACACCAGUCUCCAUAUCUAAGGCAACUACGGAGCUAAUCAAGGAAAUUGCUGUUUUAGAAUUGGAAGUUGUAUAUUUGGAACAAUACCUUCUCUCCUUGUAUAGGAAAGCCUUUGAUCAACAAGUGUCUUCUAUUUCGCCUGCUAAAAGGGAUGAAAGGUUAAAAACACCUAUACAUACCCCUAGUGUAAGGGAUGAAAGGUUGAAAACACCAGUAACUACACCAAGUAAAAAGGAUGAAAGGUUAAAAACACCUGUGCAUACUCCAAGUGGGCGAUUUUUGGAAGUUCCAAGACUUGAUGAUGAUGCAUCAAAAGUUGAUAAUUCAGCUGUGCGGUCUGGUUACAAUGAGAAUUCGUGGAAGGAGCCUAUUGACAUUGUAGGAGAAAAACUAUUAGAUUCCGGUGUUAACCGCUGUUAUUCCACACUGUCACAGCGUUCGAAGUUUCCGAGUUGGACAUCUCCUCUGGAUGAGACUUUGGCUGAUAAAGCCGUGCGUGCCUGCCACUCACAACCUUUGUCCAUGAUGGAGUAUGCUCAGAAUGCGUCGAAUAUAAUCAGUCUGGCCGAGCAUCUUGGCACUUGCAUUUCUGAUCAUGCUCCAGACACACCAAACAAGCUUUCUGAGGAUAUGAUCAAGUGUAUGUCUGUUAUAUAUUGCAAGCUUACAGACCCACCUUUGAUCCAAAACAGCUUUUCAUCUCCCAUUUCAUCCGUGUCAUCAGCCAGUGCUUUUUCUCCACAAGAGCAGCAUGACAUGUGGAGUCCAGGGUUGAGAAAUAAUUCAUCAUUUGAUGUACGGUUAGAUAACCCUUUCCAUGUUGAAGGACUUAAAGAGUUUAGCGGACCAUAUAGCACAAUGCUUGAAGUGCCAUGGAUUUUCAGAGAUAGUGAAAAACUGGCCGAGGUGGAGAACUUGCUACAAAAUUUCAGGUCUCUUAUCUGCAAACUGGAAGAAGUUGAUCCAAGGAAGUUGAGACAUGAAGAGAAGCUGGCAUUCUGGAUAAACAUACACAAUUCGCUAGUGAUGCAUGCAUUUUUGGCUUAUGGUAUUCCACAAAAUAAUGUGAAAAGAUUCUUUCUACUGUUGAGAGCUGCAUAUAACAUUGGGGGUCACACCAUUAGUGCAGAUACGAUACAGAGUUCCAUCCUUGGAUGUCGUAUGCCUCGUCCUGGACAGUGGCUUCGGUUAUUAAUUUCUGCAAGGACAAAGUUUAAAGCUGGAGACAGAAGGCAGGCAUAUGCUAUUGAACAUCCAGAACCACUUUUGCACUUUGCACUCGGUUCAGGAAACCAUUCCGAUCCUGCGGUCCGUGCCUACACCCCAAAGAAUGUAAUUCAAGAGCUGGAAACUGCAAAACAGGAAUACAUCAGAGCUACGUUUGGUGUCCGCAAAGACCUGAAAAUUCUGUUACCAAAGCUCUUGGAAUCAUUUGCAAAGGAUUCGAGUUUAUGUCAAGCUGGUAUUAUCGAAAUGGUCCGACAAUCUUUGCCUGAGUCGCUUCGUAGGAGCAUUAGAAAAUGCCAGGUAGGCAAAUCCCGCAAGAGCAUAGAAUGGAGUCCUCACGAUUUUACCUUCAGGUAUCUAAUAUCUAAAGAACUAGUAAAAUGAUUGGCUGUAUGCAUCAAUGGCAUGGUGCUUGGGCCUUCCAUUUUGUAAGAUUUCACAUUUUUCCUUGUACAAAGUGGAAAUGGUAGGGUAUAUUUUGUAAUGUAAUUGUUAUUAUGCUAUGUAAUGAAUGUGCAUUAAGGCUUGUAUAUGGUUAUGAUGUGAGCACUUCUUUGCAAAUCA